UAUUUUUUUAACACAAAUGUUGAGAAAUUUCUUAUUAAUUUUAAAAAUCCAAGAAAAAUAACUUUAUGACAACUACUGAAGAACAUGAAGUUGGGCUACUAACCACUUGAUUAAAAAAAAAAUAAUACUAAUAAUAAUAAUAAAAAUGAAUAAUUUAACGGGCCAGUUCCGUAAAACAACAUGGGAUCCAAUUCUGAUAAUCGCACAAAUAAUUGCCGUACAAACAGUAAUGUAUUUUUUCCUCGGCGUAUGGAUAUGGAUAUUAACCACAUUAUUAGGAGAGACCAAGUCUCUGGACUAUGCAUUUCAAUACAAAGAAAUCCACGUGCGUGAUCACGGUGGAAGAUUAGUUAUCGCUGUAUUUAUAAUAAAUUCUUUAAUCGGAUCAUUAGCACUUUGGUGGCUGGUACAGAAAACGAAGCAAUGCUUGGACUUUGCUUGCACAGCUCACUUGAUCCAUUUACUAUUUUGUUGGAUUUAUAAUUCCAGCUUUCCUACUACCUUCAGCUGGUGGUGUCUCAAUAUUGUUUCGACGACAAUUAUGUGCGUCUGUGGUGAAUUUUUGUGUAUGAAAACAGAGUUUAAAGCCAUACCCCUGGGUAUGAAUAGUCAAAAAACAGCCUUGUAAUUACUUAUUAUUUAAAAUGCUUUUUUAUUUUUUAAAUGUUAUUUAUUUAAUGCUAAUUAAUCUGUAAAUUAAGAGUUUAAUAAAUUUUUAUUAAAUUAA